ACGCGGCUCCUCCGCUCGGCCGCCACGUCCACACAGCAACCCUAAGCCAAACUCCCUCUCUAAAUAACCCCCCAAUUCUCUUCUCAGUUCUCAAUUCUCAAAUCUUCAGAGAAACCAUGUCUUCAAAUCCCAACUCCUCUCUCUACCCACAAGUCAUCCAAUCCAACCCAGACGCCCCAAUCCCCAAUUCCUCUUCUUCCUCCUCCUCCAUGUACCCCACCGUCGACGUGGCCCACCUCGCCGAGGACCUCUUCCCCGAAACCGACGCCGUUCCCCAAACCCUCCAAUCCUCCGAGGACCUCCUCAUCACGAUCCCCGGCGCGAUCGUCCACCUCAUCGAGAAGUCCUACAGCAUCGAGCUCGCCAGCGGCGACCUCACCAUCGUCGCUCUCCGCCAGAGCGGCAACGUAGUGGCCGUCCUGGCCCGCGUCGGCGACGAGAUCCAGUGGCCGCUGGCGAAAGAUGAGUCGGCCGUAAAGCUGGACCACUCCCACUACUUCUUCAGUCUCCGCGUCCCGAGAAAACAAAACAGCAAAUUUGGUUUAAUUAGCCAACAGUCGGAGAAGAAUGGGGAAAUGGAGCUGCUCAAUUACGGCCUGACGAUCGCGACCAAGGGGCAGGACGGUCAGAUGAGGGAGUUGGACCGGGUUCUGGAGACGUAUAGCUGCUUUUCGGAGCAGAAGAUGUCGGGGUUGGAGCAUUGGGAUGUUCUGGAUGGGGCUGUGGCGAGGGAGACCUCGCCGGAGGAUCUGGAUUCUAGCGACAAGAAGAGAUUGAUGGGCGACAGCUCGGCUGCGUACUGGACUACGCUGGCGCCCAAUGUGGAGGAUUACAGCUCCAAGUGUGCCAGGAUGAUUGCUUCGGGGUCGGGGCAGCUGAUCAGGGGGAUUCUGUGGUGUGGGGACGUGACUGUGGAUAGGCUCAAGUGGGGAAAUGAGUUCCUGAAGAAGAGGAUGGGGCCGUGUUCGAGUUCCGAGAUUAGUCCUGAGAUUUUGAAGAGGAUGCAGAGGGUUAAGAAGUUGACAAAGAUGUCGGAGAAAAUGGCAUCGGGGAUCCUUUCUGGGGUGAUUAAAGUAUCUGGAUUCUUUACGAGUGCAAUUGUUAACUCGACAGUGGGCAAGAAAUUUUUUAGCCUUCUCCCUGGAGAAAUCGUCCUGGCUUCCUUGGAUGGAUUCAGCAAAGUCUGUGAUGCUGUUGAAGUUGCUGGAAGGAAUGUCAUGUCAACCUCAUCUGUUGUCACCACUGGACUUGUUUCACAGAGGUAUGGAGAACCGGCAGCAAAGGUCACAAAUGAAGGGCUUGAUGCUGCAGGGCAUGCUAUAGGGACUGCUUGGGCAGUGUUCAAGAUAAGAAAGGCUCUUAACCCCAAGAGUGUCGUUAAGCCUACUACUCUUGCUAAAGCUGCUUCUGAAGUAAAGUCCUCCAAGUUGAAUUCCACAAGUAGCAAGUGAUGGGUGCUUUUGGUAGUAGUUCGUUAUUGCUGUAUUGAUUUGUUGCUUUGUAAAUUGACAUAUGUUCUGGGCAAGAUGGUGUGUAUAUUUGCAUUUCCUAUGAUCCAAAUGUCAGUGCGCCAAAGGAUAAUGUAUGGUUUCAAUGGCAUCUUCGUGCUCAGCAGUGUAAUAUUUUAUUGUUCACAGUAGGUUAUGUUAUUGUAGCGUUAGUAUAAUGUUUGUGGUAGAAUGGUCGUCUUCUUAUAA